AUGUCAUUGAUCCAGCAUGUUGGCCAGCAGGAGGGCACUGACCGCGACGAGGCGCUCGUAGAUUUGUUUCUACCGCCCAUUGACCGCCAGCAUAGCCGUCAAGAUGCUGCUGACCGCCGUAUGUCGCUUGAAAGCGCCAUGUCGCAUGCCGGCUUCCUCAAUCCCCACGGAAAGGCAAUUCGGAGGGUCAUCAGUUACGAUGUGAUUCCCAAUCCCGACGAGCCUUCCGCAGGCGAGGAGCCGGGAGGUCUGACACCUUACAAAGUGUCCACAACGAAGCGUGUCGCACAGGUCAUUGCAACGGUCCUCGCCUGUUGGUUUGCCAGCGGCAUCGUCUUUGGCUUCGCGGCACUCAAGCCAAUUCUCAUCAAAGAGGGUGUUUUCCGCAAUCUCUGCACUCCCGAGGAAAUUGACAAUGAUGUCGAAGUCUGCUUUGAGCAGGAUCUCCGAUUGAACUUCUUCUUUUCGCUGGCGUCCACUACUGCAAACGUAUCUGCCCUGCCAGUCGGCACACUGCUCGACCGCUACGGCCCCAAGCUCUGCUUUCUUACCGGUUCAUUAUGUCUUGCUGCUGGCAGCAUCCUGAUGAGUUUUGCUUCCCAGAUCCAGCGCUUUGAAGGCUACACAAUUGGCAAUUUCUUCCUUGCCUUGGGGGGCACAUUUGUCUUCUUACCCUCUUUCCAGAUUGCUAAUGCAUUCCCCAAGUACAGUGGCUCCAUCGUUGCACUCGUCACUGGGGCAUUUGACGCUUCAGCAGCAGUCUUUCUCUUUUACAGAAUCAUGUACGAUGCCAGUGACAGGACCUUCAAGCCAGAGACAUUCUUCUUGGUGUAUCUGGUCGUCCCACUCGCAAUCGCCAUUGCCCAACUUACCUUCCUGCCGACCGAGAACUACAAAACUGAGGCACAGCUUGAGAUGAAGAUCCAGAAAGCUGAGGAUGUUAUGCGCGAUGUGCACUCCUCGGAUGACGAGCUGUCAGAUGAGGAGAUGUGGAGGCGCCGAAAAGCCCGUAGCGAACGCCGCAAGGAACGACUGAGCAAGCUCGACGACCUUGUUGGCAACGAAGCUGCGCGCAAACUCCGAGAAGAAAAGCGAGAGCAGAAUCUAGAGACCUCUGGUGUCUGGGGAGCACUGCACAACAAGUCUGCCAAAGACCAAAUGCUGACGCCCUGGUUCAUUUUGCUCGUCCUUCUGACUAUCAUCCAGAUGGUGCGCAUGAACUACUUCAUCGCAACUAUCCGCGAGCAGUACACGUACAUGCUCGGCUCCGUCGAAUUGGCAGAGAAGGUGAACAAUUUCUUUGAUGUUGCGCUCCCACUUGCCGGAGUACUUGCUACCCCCUUCCUUGGCAUCCUGCUUGACAACGUUAGCACCGCCGGCGUCCUCUUUCUUAUCGUCGUCAUGACUACCGCCAUUGGCAUCAUUGGUUCAAUACCUACCCUAUGGGCUGGUUACGUCAAUGUCGUCCUGUUCGUGUUUCUGCGCCCACUCUAUUACUCAGCCAUGUCAGACUACGCUACCAAGGUGUUUGGCUUUGCUACGUUUGGCAGGGUAUAUGGCACCAUUAUCUGCACAUCUGGACUGGUCAACCUUUCGCAGACGGCUAUCGACGCAUUGACCAAGAGCCUAUUCGAGGGCGACCCGACUCCUGUGAACAUCUUUUUCGCAGCCUCGGCGUUUGUAGUCGGUAUGUCGCUGGUCGUGUACGUUUCAGUCCAGGUGUAUCGCAUGCGCAAGAAGUUGGAUCACGAUGAUGCAAUGACAUUUACCAACACCGAUGCUGGCUCGGUCAUGGAAAGCUUGAUGGAAGAGGAUGAGCCGAGGAGCUACGGAGCCAUCCAUCGUCCCCGUCAGCCCUGGGAAGUCUAA